AUGAAGAUCUUUUUGCCAGCUGUCGCUGCUUCCGUGAUGCUCACGCUCAAUGGUGGUACUGACGCUUUGAACGUCAAAAUCCCCGGUGUUAAUUACAGCCCAUUCAAGGCGGCAGUUACCGCCCCUGACUCCGAAAGGUGCAAGUCUGAAGAGGAGGUGCAGAAGAACUUGGUCGCAUUAAAGGAAGUUACGGAUAAAAUUCGCAUCACCUCUCUAGUGGAAUGUAACCAAGCUGAUCUCGUGCUCCCAGCCGCCAAGAAUGCUGGUCUUCGCGUGCAAGUCGGUCUUCGUGUGACCAAAGACCCCUCGACAUUCAGUCAGGAGAAAGAUAAGCUGCGUAGCAUUAUCGAGAAGGGUUUGUUUGAUGACACCGUUAUCGCUGUGUGCGUGGGCAGCAAUUCUAUUCACGAUGGAGAAGUCACCGCUCAAACUAUCAUCGACAAUUUGCUGGAGAUUCGUAGCUACUUCCAAAGCCUUGGAAAAAAUGUGUCUAUCACGACCGCUGAUUCUGACAUCACAUAUUCUAAGAGCUCCGUUCUUCGUACCACGGUGGACUUCAUGUCAGUAAACUUUUUUGCUAUUCGAGAAAUUGGCAAAGUAAACGAUGCAGCUGCUAGGACUUUGGAUCGUCUUAACAUAGGUUACUCUGUUGAACCGGCUGUCGAGAUUUCGGAGACGGGCUGGCCCUCGAGUGGUUCGGCCCCAAACACUGAAAUAGGUUCUUUAGAGGGCCAAACUAGGUUCUUUUCUGACCUCUAUUUGGCAACUCAAGCACGCAAUGUCACCUUUUACUGGUACACUGGUUUCGACUUGCCACGGGAUUCAAACAACUCCACCAGUGAAUUUGAGGCCAGCUUUGGGAUUUUUGAUGAAGACAAUACGAUGAAGAGCAACUUCCAGCAACUGACUAUUUAUCCUAAGGAGCCACGUGUUAUUCGCAGCAGUGGCGGUUUGCAUCUGUCUGUCGAUCCUCUACUCGGCAAUAUUGUGAUUAUGAUGGAUAUGUCGUCAAACAUUCAUCAGCAGACGUGGUUCACUGAUUCAUCCACGCCGUUGGUGCGAUCGUUGGCCGGUCGCUGUCUUACUGCAACCCGUGACGUUGAUGGUGCCAUUGUUCGAGUUGCAAUGUGCGAUGAGAACGAUGCUAGUCAGUUGUGGAGAUUUGAUCGAGAGACUGGUUGGCUCAAGCAUAUCGGCUACCAAAACAAAUGCCUGGACACGGACCCGGCGCAAAAGAAUAAGGUUCAGAUAUGGACUUGCACGCCAAAUAACCCGAACCAGAUUUGGUCCGUCCUUCUGCCAUACAAGACCUAA